AUGUCAGAUCCUUACAGUUUUAUCUGUACAUUGUUUGGUCAUCUGCACAUAUCAAAAUUUUACCCAGCAGAUAUGAAGUUAUUUCAUGACAUACCAAACAGACGAGGCACUGAGCAAGAGACAGGCACACAACCCACAGCUUUGGUAUCUGUAUUUUCAAAAGUAAUAGAGACACUAAUGAAACAUAGAAUUACAAAUAUCAUUGAAAAAUUUGAUAUAUUUUCUGCUAACCAACACCGUUUUUGCAAAGGAUUGAGUACAGAAUCAGCUAUUUCCCAUUUCACUGAAAAUAUCAUAAUAGACCUAGACAGACACAGCAGUACAAUACCAAUAAAUUUGGACUUACAGCAAUAA